GAGUGGUCUGGGAAUGGGACACUCAUAGUCGCUCGCGAAGACCCUUCUGGACCACAGGUAGGUGAACAUGGGUCAUUAGCAGGUGAUCAUGAGCUCAAUAGUAGCACCACCGCAAGGGUAGACGAUACACCCGCGCGUAAUGGGCCCAAAAGUACAAAGUUGGAAGCUAAACGGAAUAGCAACUCCGUGAUUGGGCCCACUCCCCCUUUGGUUCUGACG